UACUUCUACUAAACUUCGAUCUCAAGGGGAAACAACGAGGUAAUUGGCUUGGUUCCUGCCUUUGAACAAACUCUGACUCCUCCUUCAGCCAAUCGAAAAUAGAAAAGUGCAAGUUGCCUUAGUUUCAGGUUCGUCUUGUUUCUUUACACCAAAAGCAAGACUUUUCAACUGCUAGUUGAUGAUUCGAAUGUAGAGAAAGGAAAAUGAAGAAGCUUUAGUGAUGUGAGUAUUGCCCUGUUGGAAAUUUGGAAUAGUAAGAAUGGUCAGUACAUCAAACAAUCACUUGGUAACAUUUUUUUGUAUUAUUGCUUGCUUUAUUGCCAAAAUAUGUGCAGUUUCUGGAGCUAAGGAUACGCUACGAAUUAGUGAAUCUCUGAAAUUACACAAUGGUGAGAUCUUGGAGUCCUCUAACAAGCGUUAUCGAUUCUUGAGCGACCAUUCUUCUUCAUUCUUGGUAAUUCAAUUCGUGUAUUUGAAUCAUUCAGUCAAUAUCUGGGCUGCCAAUGAUUAUCUGGAUGCAUCAUCCAGACCUCGAAUUUCAACUAUAUCGAUGAAUGAAAGCGGGCGGCUAGAGGUGUAUGGCCAUGGUAAUUCGGAUGUUGCAGUAUUCACUGUGAAUUCUAAACAGAAAGUUAUGAUCAGCAAGACUAGAGCAACUCUGCUUGAUAAUGGGAACUUAGUUCUGACAUCAAGAUCUGGGCGUACUGUUUGGCAAAGCUUUGAUUAUCCUGCUGAUGAUACAUGGCUAUCAUCUGGAAUGAAACUUGGGAUUUCUCUGUUGAGCCAGAGAAGUACAACCUGCUGCCUGCAGCGUGCUGCUUCUGGCCCUUCACUUGCUCCUUCCCCUGGUUCUCCUUCAUUUCCUGUUGGCCCUUCCGGUGGAAGAAAGGAAUCGAAGAAUUCAAGGGUGAAGUUUUAUGUUAUUGGUGCUUGUGCGGGCGCUUUUCUGGCAGCUCUUGGAUUGCUUUACUGGCGUUGUAAACUCCGAAAGAGAAUAUUAGGUUAUCGCCGGGAACACCCGGGUUCAGAAACGCCAGAGCCUAAUGAUAAAGGGGAUGAUGAAUCACUUUUCUUCAGUUUUACAAGCGUAGAUAUUGCGACAAACCAUUUCUCUGAGGAAUGUAAACUUGGCCAAGGAGGAUUUGGUCCUGUCUACAAGGGUAAGCUGGUUAAUGGGCUAGAGAUUGCGGUUAAAAGACUGAAUAGAAUGUCAGGACAUGGAAUUGAACAAUUCAAGAAUGAAGUCAAAGUGAUCUCAAAGCUGCAGCAUCGGAACCUUGUUAAACUUUUGGGCUAUUGCAUUGAAAGAGAAGAGCGUUUAUUAAUAUACGAGUACUUGCCGAACAACAGUCUAGAUUCGGUACUUUUUGAUGCAGCAAAGCGGGAUACAUUGGAUUGGAAAAGAAGGUUGAAAAUCAUUGAAGGGGUAGCUCAAGGGCUUUUGUAUCUCCACAAGUAUUCUAGAUUAAAAAUCAUCCAUAGAGAUCUGAAAACGAGCAAUGUUUUAUUGGAUGCGGACCUGAAUCCCAAAAUUUCAGAUUUUGGAACUGCCAGAAUUUUUGGAGAGAAUGAAAUGCGCGGAAGCACAAAGAACAUUGUAGGAACAUAUGGGUAUAUGUCUCCUGAAUAUGCCAUGGAUGGGAUUUUCUCAGAGAAGUCUGAUGUAUUUAGCUUUGGAGUCAUGAUUCUUGAGAUCAUAAGUGGAAAGAAGAACACUUCCUUCUAUGAUUCGGAUCGUCACCUAAACUUAAUAGGACAUGUGUGGGAUCUAUGGACAGAAGGAAGAAUUUUAGAAAUCACAGAUUCUUGUUUGGAUGAAACGAUCUCAACAAGGGAAGCACUACAAUAUGUUCACGUUGGUUUAUUGUGUGUGCAAGAAAAUGCAGCAGAUAGGCCAACAAUGUCAGAUGUGGUAUCUAUGCUCCUCAAGGAAUCAAUGGUUCUUGCCACUCCUAAGCGACCAGCUUUUGCUGAAAUUAUGACUCUUAACAAUACCGAGUUACCUCAAAAUCCAGAAUCUUCUUCUGUGAACUCGGUCACAAUUUCAGAUGUACAGGGCCGAUGAUUACUCCUCGGCCAGGCUUAUGUUUGCUUGCUUCGUUUCAGCUAGUUUGGGGUUAGGACAAAUUUUAGUCUUUAAGAUAGGAAUAGGACAGGACAAGGAGAGGCACCCCUUAUGAGUGGUGAUUGCAGAUAGAGAAAGGUGUGGUAAUCAUUCCCAAUUCUUUUGUGGAUUCGUUUUGGAUUUGAAUUUGAUGACUAAUUAUUCAAGUAAUCAAACAUUGUUUUA